AUGGGUGAUGUCGGCCCUGAUAUCAAAGAGCCUUCUAAUGCCAAAAGGCCAGAUGUAGAUGGCAGUAGCAAGAAUGAAGAGCCCAUCACGAGCUUCAGCAUACUGGACGGCUUCCGAAUCGUCUUCGGCUUGCUGUUGAUCAGCAGCCUAUUGAGCUACUUCAUCAAUGGCAACAUCUUCUGGAACCACAACGCAUGGUGGACAAGACCGAGAGCGCUGGUAGCAAAGCUGAGACCGCCCGUCAUGCUCGAAGAAUGGCAACUAGCUGCCUACAACGGCGAAGAUGAAUCCCUCCCCAUCUACCUCGCUCUCAACGGCACAAUCUACGACGUAACCUCAAACCCACGAAUCUACGGCCCUGGCGGCAUGUACAACAUCUUCGCUGGCCGCGACGCAGCCCGCGGCUUCGUCACCGGCUGCUUCAAAGACGAUGCGAACGCAGAUCUACGCGGCGUGGAGUGGACCUUUGUCCCGAAAGACGUCGAGCACUGGACUGAGAAGAGCGAUGAGAAUCUCUCGCGGCAGGAAAGGUUGUAUAGGUAUGAGAUGGUUGGUAAUGGGCUGAAGGAGGUGGACAAGGCGAUAGGGCAUUGGGCGAAGGUCUUCAGAGGGGAGACGGGGAAGGACUACUUUGAAGUUGGGUAUGUCAAGAGGAAAGAGGGAGUAGGGUUGAAUAUGAUGCCGAUCAAGCCGCUUUGUGAGAGCGCGGAGAAGAAGAGGCCGAAGGCGCAGUUUGACAGUGAGAAGGUGUACAAGAAGGAUCAGAGAGCGGAGCUGGUCAAGAAGCAGGAGCUGGACAGCACGAAGAUACGGAAUGCUGUGCCCAUUGAAGAUGUGGACAGCAGUAGUGCUGAGCACAAUGAACUUUGA